AUGAUACCACCAUGUUCACAAUGUGGUAAAGAUGACUUUAAAAAGACUUGUGAUCGAAAAGCUCAUCUUAAAAGAAAGUUUAAAUACAAACCAAAACCUAUUUCACAGAUCAAAGACCAAGUGAUUGUUCAAGAUCUGGGAGCCAAAACAAAUACUUUAUCAGAAAAAUGUCUUCAAAAAGCAUUAGAAGCUUACUUUGCCUAUCAAGAUGGACAUACAGAACAUCUUAAACAAAUCUUCUGA